CCCGCGCAGCCCGCGCCUGCCUUGCCUCAGUCCGGCGAUCAGAGCCCGGCCCAAGCAGCGGAGAGCGCCCCGGUGUCGCGCUCCGACGCUCCGCGCCCGCAGUGUCCUCCGCGUCCGCCGCGUCCGCCGCGUCCCGGGCGGGAUGGAGCGGCCCGGCUGAGCACUACACCCCGCCGCCUACACCCCCUGUCCGAGCCACCAUCCUCUUGCCGCGGUCCCGGCGCACACGGGCGAUGGCGAAGACGACGGCGGGGCUGCGGUGGCUGCUUCUGCUGCCGCUGCUCGGCGAAGCCCCGCUGGGACUCUACUUCUCCAGGGACGCUUACUGGGAGAAGCUGUAUGUGGACCAGCCAGCUGGCAUGCCCCUGCUCUAUGUCCAUGCCCUGCGUGACGCCCCCGAAGAGGUGCCCAGCUUCCGCCUGGGCCAGCACCUCUACGGUGCCUACCGCACACGGCUGCACGAGAACGACUGGAUCCGUAUCCAGGAGGACACAGGCCUUCUCUACCUUAACUGGAGCCUGGACCACAGGUCCUGGGAGCAUCUCAGCAUCCGCAAUGGCGGCUUCCCCCUGCUCACCGUCCACCUCCAGGUCUUCCUAUCGUCCACACCCCUGCGUGAGGGUGAGUGCCACUGGCCAGGCUGUGCCCGCGUCUACUUCUCUGUCCUGAACACCUCCUUCCCGGCGUGUGGCUCCCUCAAGCCCCGAGAGCUCUGCUUUCCUGAGACAGGCUUCUCCUUCCGCGUUCGGGAGAACAGGCCUCCUGGCACCUUCCACCAGCUCCGCCUGCUGCCCGUGCAGUUCCUCUGCCCCAACAUCAGCGUGGCCUACAGGCUCCUGGGAGGUGAGAGUCAGCCCUUCCGCUGUGCGGCUGACAGCCUGGAGGUGAGCACGCGCUGGGCCCUGGACCGAGAGCGCCGGGAGAAGUACGAGCUGGUGGCCGCGUGCACAGUGCGCGUGGGCGCGCUCGAGGAGGAGGUGAUGGUGCCCUUCCCCGUGACCGUGUACGAUGAGGACGACUCGGCGCCCACCUUCCUUGGGGGCGUCGACACCGCCAGCGCCGUGGUGGAGUUCAAGAGGAAGGAGGGCACUGUAGUGGCCACACUUCACGUCUUCGAUGCCGAUGUGGUGCCAGCCUCCGGGGAGCUCGUGAGGCGGUACACAAGCACACUGCUCCCCGGGGAUGCCUGGGCCCUCCAGACCUUCCGUGUGGAGCACUUGCCCAAUGAGACCUUGGUCCAGGCCAACGGCAGCUUCAUACGGGCAACUGUGCAUGACUACAGGCUGGUUCUGAACCGCAGCCUCCCAAUCUCCGAGAGCCGUGUCCUGCAGCUGGCCGUGCUUGUCAACGACUCCGACUUCCAGGGCCCGGGGGAUGGCGUCCUCCUCCUCCACUUCAACGUGUCGGUGGUGCCCGUCAGCUUGCGCCUGCCCGGCGCCUACUCCUUCACCGUGAGCAGGCGGGCCCAUCGCUUUGCCCAGGUUGGGAAAGUUUGUGUGAAAAGCUGCCAGGAGUUCACCGGCAUCCACAUGCAGUACAGGCUGCAGCUUCCCAAUGCCAACUGUAGUGCCCUGGGUGUCGUCACCUCAGCCGAGGACAGCACAGGGACCCUGUUUGUGAAUGAUACAGAGGCCCUGCGGCGGCCUGAGUGUGCCCAGCUCCAGUACACAGUGGUGGCCGCUGACCGGCUGACUCGCAGGCAGGCCCAGGCCCCACUGCUCGUCACCAUGGAGGGGACAUACGUGGCUGAGGAGCCGGGUUGCCCCCUUUCUUGCGCAGUCAGCAAGAGGCAGCCGGAGUGUGAGGAGUGCGGUGGCUUGGGCUCUCUGACGGGCAGGUGCAAGUGGAGACAGGGAGAUGGUAAAGGGAUCUCCAGGAACUUCUCCACCUGCUCCCCCAGCAUCAAGACCUGCCCUGAUGGCCACUGUGACGCUGUAGAGAGCAAAAAUCCCAACAUCUGCCCCCAGGACUGCCUGCGGGGCGGCAGCAUCGUUGGUGGGCACGAGCCAGGGGAGCGCGGGGGGAUUAGAGCCGGCUUUGGUACCUGCAGCUGCUUCCCUGAGGAUAAGAAGUGCUUCUGUGAGCCAGAAGACAGCCAGGACCCCCUGUGCGAUGAGCUGUGCCGCACGGUGAUCGCAGCGGCCGUGCUCUUCUCUUUCAUCACCUCUGUGCUGCUGUCUACCUUCUGCAUUCACCGCUACCACAAGAACGCUCACAAGCCGCCCAUCGCCUCUGCCGAGAUGACCUUCCGCCGACCAGCCCAGGCCUUCCCCAUCAGCUACUCCUCAUCCAGUGCCCGCCGGCCCUCUCUGGACUCCAUGGAGAACCAGGUCUCUGUGGAUGCCUUCAAGAUCCCGGAGGAUCCAAAGUGGGAAUUCCCUCGGAAGAACUUGGUUCUUGGAAAAACUCUGGGAGAAGGUGAAUUUGGAAAAGUGGUCGAAGCAACAGCCUUCAGGCUAAAAGGGAAAGCAGGGUACACAACCGUGGCCGUGAAGAUGCUGAAAGAGAACGCAUCCCCAAAUGAGCUGCGGGACCUGCUGUCAGAAUUCAACCUCCUGAAGCAGGUCAACCACCCCAAUGUCAUCAAGCUGUACGGGGCCUGCAGCCAGGAUGGCCCGCUCCUGCUCAUCGUGGAGUAUGCCAAGUAUGGCUCCCUGCGGUGUUUCCUGCGGGACAGCCGCAAGGCAGGGCCCGGCUAUGUGGGCAGCGGGGGCAGCCGUGGCUCCAGCUACCUGGACAACCCAGACGAGCGGGCCCUGACCAUGGGCGACCUCAUCUCCUUCGCCUGGCAGAUCUCACGGGGCAUGCGGUACCUGGCUGAGAUGAAGCUCGUCCAUCGGGACCUAGCCGCCAGAAACGUCCUGGUGGCCGAGGGGCGGAAGAUGAAGAUUUCAGAUUUUGGCCUGUCCCGAGAUGUGUACGAAGAGGAUUCCUACGUAAAGAGGAGCAAGGGUCGGAUUCCAGUAAAAUGGAUGGCAAUUGAGUCCCUUUUCGAUCAUAUCUACACCACCCAAAGUGAUGUGUGGUCCUUCGGUGUCCUGCUAUGGGAGAUUGUGACCCUGGGGGGCAACCCCUACCCUGGGAUUCCUCCUGAGCGGCUCUUCAACCUUCUGAAGACAGGCUACCGGAUGGAGAGGCCUGACAACUGCAGCGAGGAGAUGUACAGCCUGAUGCUGCAGUGCUGGAAGCAGGAGCCAGACAAGAGGCCAGUGUUCGCCGACAUCAGCAAAGACCUGGAGAAGAUGAUGGUUAAGAGAAGAGACUACUUGGAUCUGGCCGCGUCCACCCCAUCCGACUCCCUGCUUUACGAUGAUGGCCUCUCAGAGGAGGAGACGCCCCUGGUGGACUGUAAUAAUGCUCCCCUCCCUCGAACCCUCCCCUCUACGUGGAUUGAAAACAAACUCUAUGGCAUGUCAGACCCGAACUGGCCUGAAGAGAGUCCUGUACCACUCACGAGAGCCGAUGGCACUAACACUGGGUGUCCAAGAUAUGCAAAUGAUAGUGUAUAUGCUAACUGGAUGGUUUCACCCUCAGCGGCACAAUUAACGGACUCGUUUGAUAGUUAACAUUUCUUUGUGAAAGGUAAUGGACUCACAAGAGGAGAGAACUCGCCAAGACUGCCCCCAGCCCCUCAUUGUGCCCUUCCUGCUGGCUGGCGAUUUUCCCUCCUAGCAGACGUAGUGCACUGGACAGGAGCUCUGAGACCAGUGUUUAGGUCCUUCCUUCCUCUUCAGCCCUCAGCAGGGCCAGUGUUGUCUGUGUUCAUCAGGGAUCACCAUCCUCUGUGCUCGCACGUGUGGGUCCCUCACUAACUACCUAAACUGUUUGAUUUUUCUGUUUGCCACCAAACAAGACAACAAGAUUUAAAUGCAAAGUUUCUCUCUGUCUCUCUCUCUCCUCUCUCUCAAUCUCUCUCUCUCUCCCCCUCGUUCUCUCCUUCUCUCUCUAUCUCUCCACAUACACAGACACACACAGCAGGGAAGAAACUGGCCCAAACAACCUGUCCUUGUUGAGAAUGGGAGCCUGGCAAGGCCUCGUGGUGGCGUCAUAACCCUGCCAGCCCUUGAGUAGGAAAGGGGACCUUGGGACAGGUCUCAGCUCAGCAUUCAAGAUGCUGAGAAUGGCUUUUUAAAAUUAAAAGAAACCUUUUCCUAAGAUUUAAAUUUUUUUUUAUUCUGGUUAAAAUGAUUCUUAGAUUUAGCACAAUGUAGAGAUUUGAUGCCAUAUUUGCUGUGUAGACAGGUGGCGUGAGAGAAGGGGGCUCACAGACACAUUUGCCCCAUCACUGAGUGGUUACUAACCCCCGACAAGAACAGUAUGAAGAAAAGGGGCAUUUGAGUGGAGUGACCUCCCAUUUAGGGACUGCUGACAGCAGAGCCAUGGCUGCUGUGAGCACACCCACCAGCCUCAGCACACUGCACGUCCAGCCUCCUCUCACACAUUAGGAGUAGGUGUGGGGUUCGACUACUGAUACAACAUUGACAAUUGUGAUGUGGAUAAAAGACAAUGUUUUGGCUCUUAUAGAGCUUCUACAUAAAGGUACUUGUGUCCCCUUUUCCUGUGUUUGUAACUUAAUGCUGCUAUAGCAAGACAUUUUUGUUUCUUAGAUUCUGACCAUGACUCAUAAGCUUCUUGUCAUUCUUUACUGCUUGUCUGUGGUCACAGACACUGCACUCCUCCGUCUUGGGGGGGUGGCUUUUGGAAAGUCGUGGCGGCAAUUCUGUAUAGAGCUGUGACUUUCCAGGAGAGGACUGGUUACCAAAACACGCCUGGUCUUCAGACAGAAAGCACUGUGACAGAACUUACAGGAGUCUCGUUACAAUGUUGUGUUUUACAGGCAUUUCACAAAAGAAGUAAAAUGACAGCAUUUUUGUGGCCAAGAAGGCAUGGCUGAGGAUGUGUGGGAGUCUCAUGCUGUGUAUGUGCGUGUGUACACACACCCAAAGAGAGAGCUGGAAAAACACUCACUGGAUUGUAACAUGGCUGUGGUUGGGGCUGUUCUUCAGAUACACUAUGAUUCGUUCUUUUACAACUAUCUAGUUGUGGUAAACCUUUGGUUUUCAGGUGUGCUUAAUGCUAGUCUUACUAAAUAAGGAUAAACUCUCUCAAAUUAUUAAAAAUUCCUACUCAGCUGGUAGGUUCUCAGCCGGGUGAGAACUCCAGGUCUAAGGGAUUGACCCAGCGAUGGGGAAUUAACCCUUCACUAAUAAUAGAGUUGUCUAGUCCUGAGUAAUCAAAGUACUCGUACUUAUUAGUCCUAUCAGACAAUUUUAAUAUGCGUAUAUGCGUAAGUUACUAAGUAUUAAGUAUUCCUGAGUAUUAAGUAGCAAUCUGUCAGUUACUAAAAUUUGUAAAAUCUAUUUGUGAUAGGUUAUUAAAUCAUGCCAUGUUAAUUUGCUUUUGUAAAUCAAGGUGACUAAGAAAAUAAUU